AGCCAACCUCCAGGUAACGGCGUCAACAGUCACACCCGUCUUUAGGCUACAAAAUUCGUCUCAUACCGGUCGCAUACACUGAGACGUUAUCUUCGUCACUUCAGAGAUCAAAUCGAGCCCUUAUCGCAGUUGUCCGGCAGCAUGUCAUUCCAGCGCAGCUCCGCUCUCGAGAGCCAACCUACCAACUGGAGGCGUGAAGACGACCCUCAAUACGCCGAUGACCCAGAGUUCCGCGACUUCGCCAACAAGAUCUCUGACGACCUAUUCGCCCUCACCCGCAAUGUCGCCCGCCUAUCGACCGAGAUCUCAAAGCUGGGGACGAAGCAUGAGACGGCACGAGUACGGGAAAGAGUGAAGAGCACGACCGAAGAGACGGCAGAGAAGUUUAAGGAGAUUGGAGAGGGCGUAAAGAAAAUCAGUCAGUGGCCUGAUGUUGGGCCAUCGCAAAGAUUCACACAGUCGAAGCUUAGCCGCGAAUUCAAGGCCUCCCUCACCGAGUUCCAGCAACUUCAGAAGCAAGCUCUCGAGAAGGAAAGAGCGUCAGCAUCUGCUGCACGAGCAGCCCUCGAUGACCAGGCAUCGCCAAGCGCAGAGCGCACCGAGUUCGGCCAGCAGCAAGAGCAGGAGCAGCUACGAUUGGCGAACCAGGACGAGGUCGACUUCCAAGAGUCGCUGAUUAUCGAGCGCGAGUCUGAGAUUCGCAACAUCGAGCAGUCGGUCGGUGAACUCAAUGAGCUGUUCCGUGAUGUUGCGCACAUGGUGCAUGAGCAGGGUGCACAGCUCGACAUUAUUGAAGAGAACGUCGAAGUCACGCACGAUGCAUCGAGAGGCGCACAUGUGAACUUGAAGCAGGCGAGCAACUACCAGAAGAGUGCGAGGAGUAAGGCUUGCAUCCUCCUGCUCAUUCUGGCCAUCGUUUUGGUCAUCAUCAUCCUCGCUGUAGUACUGGACUAAUCUCCGUCUGCAUCUUGUUAUCACUGAUCAUGCUAGCGUUUUUGAACAUACGAGAAGAGCUCUUAUACCAUGGCAUGGGGCGCAUUACCUGAUUCUUUAUAUGUCACAGUCUUUUGCAUGUUACGCAGUGUUAUGGUAGUGUACAGUUAAUGCAAACGCCUGCGGUGUCCAUUCGUUCACUUAACUACGUUUAUUUCGCU